AUGAUUCCUCCGGGGGAAUGCCUGUAUGCUGGGAGGAAAAGGAGGAAACCCAUUCAAAAACAAAGGCCUGCAGUUGGGAAUGAGAAAUCAAAUCCUUCCAAGAGACACAGAGACCGUCUGAAUGCAGAACUGGACCACCUGGCCAGCCUCCUCCCUUUCCCUCCUGACAUCGUGUCAAAGCUGGACAAGCUUUCUGUCCUGCGCCUUAGCGUCAGCUAUCUCCGAGUCAAAAGUUUCUUCCAAGCCAUUCAAGAAAAGCACUUUAAGAAGCAAGCUGGCCAAACGAUAAAAGAAGACAAUAUAUCUAACAAGACUGCUGUUCAAGAAGGUGGACUUCUACUAGAAUCACUGAAUGGUUUUGCCUUGGUGGUGAGUGCAGAUGGAAUGAUAUUCUAUGCGUCAUCGACAAUUGUGGACUAUCUGGGGUUUCAUCAGACUGAUGUAAUGCACCAAAACAUAUAUGAUUACAUUCACGUGGAUGACCGCCAGGAUUUUUGUAGACAACUGCAUUGGGCCAUGAAUCCUCCCCAGAUGCUGUCUGGACAGCAACUACAGUCAGAAACAGGAGAAGAAUAUAUUCUCAGUAAAUUGUUCAAAGCACAAGAGAAUGACAGUAUGACAACAGAUUAUUCUUCCUUUUUAACUCGAUGUUUCAUCUGUCGAGUUCGCUGCUUGUUGGACAGUACUUCUGGAUUUCUUACAAUGCAGUUCCAAGGCAAACUAAAGUUCCUCUUCGGACAAAGGAAGAAGUCCUCAUCAGGAACAGUACUGCCACCUCAGCUGUCCUUAUUCUGCAUAGUGGUACCACUUCUGCUCCCUUCUGUGACAGAGAUGAAGAUGAAAAGCCUGCUUGUGAGAGCAAAACACAAAGCUGAUGACACAGCAGCAGCGAUCACGAACUCCAGUUCAAAAGGCACUUCAGGACUGUGUGAAGCAACAGAAUUAUAUGGAAGAAACAAUCACCAUGAAGGUGCCGCUUUCACUAAUGCAUUACAGAUUGCUGAAAACCAAAUCAAAGCAAAGAAUAAUGGAGAAAAUGGCAUUUCCUUAGUCAAAGUACAAACAAAUGAAGAUCACUGGGUCUGGGUUCAAGCUAACACUCAACUUCUGUAUCGAAGUGGUUGUUCAGAGUAUGUCCUUGCCCAACAGCAGAUGUUAAAGGAAGAAGAUGAACAACUGAAGAUACUAAGUGGUUUUGCCAGUUUGAAAGGAAACCUGGAGGGGCUUUCCUAUAACAGUGCCAUUGAAACUCUGGGCCAGUGGAAGCAUCUUAACUGGGCAACAGUGAAGAAUGAACAAGAUAAUGUAAAAGUGAAGUUUGAGCCUCAUACUAAUGGUGAGUGUUUUACACAAGAGGAACCUCUCAGUUCUAACACAUCAGUUUUGGGCAUUCAAAACAACUGCACCACAAACAGUAGCUGGACUUUAAGAAACUCGAGUUCUUGUUCUAUGAGCCAGAGAAUGAACACGUGUCCAAACAGGAGAGCUGCAUCAUUCUACAAUAGAGACCAAAAUUUCUUAAAUUUGGCAUCAACUUGUCCUUCCCACUGGGGGAGCGCAGAAAACGGCCAGUCUUACUCGGGGCUCCCACAGCGCUGUGCAGAGAGCUAUGUGACAGACCAUCUGAAGCUGCAGAGACCAUUGAUAUCCUCAGAGUCUCUCUAUGACACAGCCAUUCCCUUGGAGACGCCCAUCAAAACGGAGUACGACUCUGAUUCUGAAAACAUUGCCGAUAACUACCUGCUUUCGCAGAGCCGAGCCUGGCCGGAUGAGAGCGGCUCGGUGAGAAAGCAGCUGUCCAGCUACCCCAGCAGAAUGCACCUCAAAACAGAGCCGGACCUCUGCGAGCCAGCCUUGCCUUGCCAGAAGCCAAGGCACUGCCUUUACACGCCCCACAACUGGCAAUGCAUCAUAGCAAAUCAUCCCAACAACCUGAGCUUGAACAGAGCGUGCAAGGGUUCACGGAACAGGGACGCGACCUCGUUUUGCCCCCAGAACUCCUCUGUGUGUUUGGAAAGCACGCCCGACCUGCCACAUAUGGCUUGUUACAGCCACUUCUACAGCCCCAGCCCAGGGGAGGAGAAAGAGCAGGUUAAUGAGGUGUUCAAAAUGCCAUGUGAAUUUAAAAACCCCUGCUUGGUUCAAGCAAUUAAGCGUGAGCCCCUGGAUUCUCCACCAUUGUCCAACAGCGGACAGAACAGGGCACACGUGAGCUUCCCUGAAAGUACAUUAGCAGGUCCUGUGCCUCAUAAAACCACUGAAUGUACAUUUUUGCAAUAG